CGGCCGAGCUGCCAGUAAUAGCGCACCGGCACGCAAUGCAUCUUGGGAUAUGGUGGGCCGCGAAGGAUACAUCAGAUGUGUCCUCCAAAUCUGGGACCAGAAGGCUGCAUUGAAGGACUCUUCAACAUAAAUGCGAAAUGGGACAGCACUACUUGAAGCGCUGUGAUGCAACCGGUCUACGAAUGCAGCCUCCGAAGGAUGCAGCCCCUGAAUUGAGACACAGCUACAGUCUCUCUGAUACAGACCAACUACAAGUUUGCCAGUGACAGGGCACACAGCAACUGACUAGCACUCGUCCCUUCCGUUAGAUUAAACGAGUUAGUGUCAUGCCAGUCCUGGCGAUGGCAGAGCCCGUGGUUGAUCACCAGAGACGGUUUCAGGCCGCUGUGGACGUCAUCCAAUACCUCCCCAAAAAUGGUUCCUACCGACCGUCCUACGAGGUCAUGCUGCGUUUCUACAGUCUGUACAAACAGGCCAUGUGUGGACCUUGUUCAGUGCCUCGACCCAGCUUCUGGGACCCAGUGGGUCGCUACAAAUGGGACGCCUGGAGAUGCCUGGGAGAGAUGAGCAGUGAGAGUGCCAUGGCAGCAUACGUGGACGAGAUGAAGAAAGUGGCACAGGAGGUGGUCGACGCCAUGCCCAUGAACGAGAAAACGGCCUCGCUCUUCCAGCACUUCGAGCCGCUCUACCUGGUGAUCGAUGACAUGCCGCGGCCUCCAGAGUCUCUGCUCGCACUCGAAGGUGGUAAAGGCAGUGAGCGGGCUGACAGGGCAGCAGAGGAGGGGGAGGAGCAGGGUGGGGCUGAUCCAGAUCAGGAGCUGAACCCGUCUGAGGUCAUAGACCUCACUGGCAACACCAUUCCUAAUGACACUGGUGUGUGUGAGGGUUUGGUGUUGACCAGUGACUCAGAGAGCGAGAUCUUCUGCGACUCCGUGGAUUCGGUUGAGCAACUCGGCAACGUCAAGAUUCCUUUCAUCAAGACCAACGGUUUCCACAACGGCCACCCGUCCCUGGAGCCGGCUCCCAUUCAGAGCCACCAGCUGGAGGGCGGUGUGGGGGUGCGGCAGGUCGGGGCAGGUGAAGGUGGAGAGGGGGCAGAGGAUGGAAAGGGUCCCGGUCCCAACAGGAGGGGUCGAGACACCGGGCGGGAAGGUUCCCACCACAACUGGAGAGAACGUGGUGUUCCUCAGGGCAGUCCGAGGUGGGGGGGCCCUGGUGGUGGCGGUGGCGGAGGGGCCGGCCGAGGAGGAGGGGAUGGUUCAGAGGGCGGGGUCGAGAGGCUCCACGACACCCAGCUCCAGCAGCAGAUCAUCCUGGCCCUACGGAGGCUCAGAGAGGACAUGAGGAGCGUGAUGGACCGGCUGGAGGUGGUGGAGCGGCUCGCCGCCACACACGCCCAGACUUCAGAGUGGAGGCCGUGUCUACAGUGUGCAGCCGCAGCCUCGAAGCAGCAGGAGGAGAGGUGGUGGCUGUUUGACGUGUCGGGUCAGACCGUCGUCCUCUUCCUGCUGUGGCCGUUUGUCGCUCAGGGUCUGGUCUCCCUGCUGAGGAAAGUCCAGCGGAGAAGCCGCACGUCUUCAUGAGCCGGCGGAGACGUCCGGCCGCUCGCCUACACAGGGAUCCACCGGUGCAAGACGUCUAGUUUUAUUUGGCAGCGAAGCAUCAAAUCAAAUAGGAAUUGACGGGGAGGCCUGGUCCUCCCUCACACGGGUGCUGAAAUGAAGGGACUAGCUGUCUGCUCGGAGAAGAGACGCACACCUCCGAAUCCAGAGACCCUCUCUCACUACAGCACAUAACUCUGUUUAAAUUAUUCUAGUGGAAUCGGCAGGAAGCAGAGCAUAACCUCGUCUCUACCGAACCUGGAGAAGUGCAAAUACUGAUCAUGAGCCUAAAUUAUUGGUUAUUAUUUAAUCUGAGCGAGACACCAUCAAUGUACUUAUGGAUUUGCCAUAAGAUCUGUGUCUUUUGUAAUAUACUGAAUAUUAUUAUUGUCCACAGUAUCUGCUUUCAGAUGGAAGAAGAAGUCAGCGUACAGGUGGGGUUGCCUCAUCAUUUCAUGGGAAUCUUUCAAUCUGAUUCUUGACCUCAGAUUGUUUGGUCAGUGUCUCUUUUACGUAGUACACUGAAAGGAUCAAUGUAUUUGAGGCUACGAUGGGAGAACUUGUUUUCAAAAGCUGCCCUGUGACAGUCAUGUAUAAUACGAAUGCAUGAGCUCAAAUUAAUAAAUAUAUUGAAUAGAA